AUGCCUCCUAAAAGAGCUACUAGAUCUUAAUCUGCAGCAGCAGCAACUAAAGGUAAAUAGGCUGCUACAAAAACUACAAAAAAAGAUGCCAAGAUUGAGGAUAAAAAAGUGACUAGAGGAAGAAAAGCAGCCACUAAAUCUCCUUCUCCUUCCCCUUCACCUAAAAAAACCCAAAAAGGUAAACCUGCAGCAGCUUCUAAAUCUAAAUCUAAAGAUACUAAAGUCGCAACAGUAGAUAAGAAAAACACAAAAGCAGCUUAGAAAACUACUUAAAAAACAAAGUAAGCAAAAACAGCACCAGCACCUUCUCCCAAAAAAACCAAUAAAAGAAAAGCUAAGAGUGUAUCUCCCUCCCCAGAUACAAAGGCCUAAACUAAAAAGAGUCCUGUCAAAAAAGUCAAAGAUGUACCCAAAAAAGAUGAAUCUGAAGAUGAGAAAAAAACUGUUAAAUAGAUCGUUAAAGGUAAAUGUGCAGUUGAUUAGUAUGUACCAAAUUCAACACAAUACACAGUUCUAUAAGAAGGAAACUAAAUUUACAAUCUUACUUUGAAUCAAUCAAAUGUUGAUGCAAACAAUAACAAAUUCUAUCUUGGAUAGGUGCUUGUUAAAGAUGGAACUAAUCAAUACUCCGUUUUCUUUAGAUGGGGAAGAGUUGGUGUUCCAGGACAAUAAAGCAUUAAAGUUUGUUCAAGUAAAUUUGAAGCUAUUAGCGAAUUCUAAAAAAAGAAAAGCGAUAAAAUUAAAGGAGGUUAUACUGAAAUUUUCAUCAAAUAUGGUGAAGAUGAUGAAGAUGAAAAGCCAAAGAAAAAAUAAACUACUUAACCUACAAAGAGAAAAGAUUGUACUUUAUCUGCUGCAGUUCAAACCUUGAUAAACGACAUUUUUGAUAUGAAAAUGAUUGAGAGUACAAUUAAAGAAAUAGGUUAUGAUUCUAAAAAGAUGCCUUUAGGUAAACUUGACGAUAAAACAAUUAAAUAAGCUUACACUGUUCUCAAAGAUCUUUUAGAUGCUGUAAAAAAUAAUAAAGUUAGUGAUUAUGGUCGUUAUUCUAGUUAAUUCUACUCCCUUAUUCCUCAUGAUUUUGGUUUCUAAAAAAUGAGUAACUUCAUUUUAAAAACUGAGGAAUAAGUGCGUAAGAAGCUUUCAAUGCUUUAAGAUUUAUCUGACUUAAAAAUUGCAACUCAAUUACUUAAAGAAUCAGAUUCAGAUGACUCAAUCUUAGAUUAAAACUAUAAAAAAUUAAAUGCAGAAAUAAAAGAAGUCACAGAUAAAAAGACAUUAGACAUUAUUAAGAAUUAUGUUAAUCAAGGCAAAGGACAUUAUAGCCCUAAGAUUUUAGAAAUAUUUUCAGUAAAAAGAAAAGGCGAGCAAGAACGUUACUCAAAAAAUAUUGGAAACGAUACACUCUUAUGGCAUGGGUCCCGUAUUUCAAACUUUGUUGGUAUAUUAUCUUAAGGUCUUCGUAUUGCUCCUCCUGAGGCUCCUGUUACUGGUUAUAAUUAUGGUAAGGGUAUUUACCUUGCAGAUUAAUUUACUAAAUCUUGUGAUUAUUGUGCAGGUAAUAGUGAUGGUAUCCAUUACAUCAUGCUCAUAAAGGCUGCUCUAGGAACUCCUAACAAAAUAGAAAAAACUGAUUAUAAUGCUAAUAAUCUUCCUAAAGGAACUCAUUCUUGCUGGGGUUGGGGUACUCAUGGUCCUGAAGAAUUCAUAACAUUUAAUGGAGUUAAAGUACCUAAAGGCUAGGAAGUUAGAACUAAAUCUAAGCACUAUAUGAAAUAUAACGAGUUUAUCAUUUAUGAUAUUGCUUAAGCUCAAAUAGAUUAUCUAAUUAGAUUUAAAAAGUACUGA